AUGGCGCCAAUGAUAGCUGGACGACCCCGAGGAAGAGGAAGAGGAAGGGGACGUGGUAGAGGGCCGCGACCCGAGGUUGAAGAACAACGAGCAGACAACCCGCCACCAUCUCCACCUCGAUCACCUUCGCCUCCACCUGCCCCGAUGGUGGAUAGGACGAUUGUGAACACUUUUCUGAAGAAGAACCCGCCAACCUUUGAUGGAAGAGGCGACCCCGCAGAAGCAGAAGCGUGGAUACGUACGCUAGAGCGCCUGUUUGACUUACUGCAGUGCACAGAUCAGGAGCGUUUGAUUUGUGCUUCACUCCAAAUGACUGGGUCAGCAGAUUACUGGUGGGAGGCCCGCAAGAAAACAAUGACCCCGCAUCAACUAGAAAGCCUAACUUGGGAGCGGUUCAAGACAGGAAUUUACGACAAGUACAUCCCCAAGAGCUAUAAAAAGCAAAAGGAAACAGAGUUCUACAAUUUAAAACAAGGACGUAUGUCGGUAACGGAAUAUGAUCGCGCCUUCUUUGACAUGUCCAGAUACGGAGCUGAUCAAGUGGAUACCGAUGAAAAGAUGUCCGAAAAAUUUUGUGCUGGCUUGAGGCACGAAAUAAGAGUAGCAUUGGCCAGCCGUGGCAUACUACCAUAUUCUGAAGCUCUGAAACUGGCACUGGAUAUCGAAGCUGCAUUGCCUAAGGAGAAACCUACACCCAACCCCACAAACAUGCCACUGCAGACCACGACCCAAGCCCCAAGGGACAAGAGAAAGUGGGAAGGGAACCAGAACCAGUGGGGACAAAAGAGGCCAUGGCACGGACCACCCCGCCCUCAAAACUUUAUAAGGCAGCAUCCCUUCAACCCAACCGGAUACACUCAGCCAAGGCCCAAUCUCUGCCCCAAAUGCAACAAACCCCACAGCGGAAUCUGCAGGGCCGGAGAGAUGACUUGUUACAUUUGUGGAAAGAAUGGCCACAUCGCCAGGAACUGUCGAAAUGGACCGCAGGGAAGAGGUGCACCAACUAAUCCGCCGGCACAACGUCAACACAUGCGAGCUCUGCAGGCAAAUACUCAGAACAACCCACACCAAGCCCCGCAUCCACAAAGACAGAGCCUCCCAACACAAGCCAGGGCGUAUGCAUUGGGACAGAACCAGCAGAAAAACAACCGCGGGAAUCUGGCAGGUAUGGGCACCCUACUGAAUGUACCUGUUGUCCUAUUGUUUGAUACUGGUGCUUCGCACUCCUUUAUAUCCACCUCGUGUGUAGACACCUUAGAACUCCCAACAGAACCAGCAGAACCUAGAAUGACGGUGUCCUCACCUGUAGGAGGAAUCAUAGAAAUAACACAAAAGUGCUCGAACCUAGAAAUCACGCUUGGAGAACGUAAGGUUAUCGCUAAUAACUUGGGGGUCAUGAAAAUGGGAGAUGUCGAUAUCAUACUAGGGAUGGAAUGGUUGACCAAGAACCAUGCCACCAUCAAGUGCAAUGAAAGACAGAUUUCUUUUCAAACUCCAGGAGUAGGGCAAGUCGACUUCCAUGGAAUCACUAUGAAUGAACGAAAAUCUAUAAUUUCAGUCUUGCAAGCAGCCGCGCUGGUGAGAAAAGGGUGUCCCGCCUAUCUCGUCUACUUGAGCGAGGAGCAGAAGGAAGAAAAGGAGAUUGAAGACGUGGAGAUUGUAAGAGAAUUUCCAGAUGUGUUUCCGGAUACGCUGCCGGGACUACCCCCUGACAGACAACUAGAGUUCACCAUUGAUUUAGAACCAGGAGUUGCACCGAUCUCUAAAGCGCCGUACAGGAUGGCCCCAAAGGAACUGGGAGAACUCAAACUACAACUGCAGGAACUCUUAGACCUGGGUUUCAUCAGACCCAGUGUAUCGCCAUGGGGAGCUCCUGUACUCUUCGUCAAGAAGAAGGAUGGAACCUUGAGGAUGUGCAUAGAUUACCGAGAAUUGAACAAGGUGACACUCAAGAAUAAAUACCCAUUGCCAAGGAUAGAUGAUUUAUUUGACCAGCUUAAGGGAGCCAGUGUAUUUUCUAAAAUUGAUUUAAGGUCUGGGUACCACCAACUAAAAAUCCGGUCUGAAGACGUGCCCAAGACAGCUUUUCGGACCCGGUACGGUCACUAUGAAUUUGUAGUAAUGCCUUUUGGACUGACCAAUGCCCCUGCGGUGUUCAUGGAUUUGAUGAAUCGCAUAUUCCACCCAUGA